GCGGAGGUUUCCCAUUACUCAGUGACCACACCACCCGAUCCGGUUUUGGUCUCGGCGUUCCCAACCUUGAAACGUAGGCCCAGAAGAACGGCUGUUACGUCACUACCGGGACCCGCAGCAAAGCUCAAAUUCAGUAAAAGCAGAGCUCCCCCUCCACACCAUGUCCUCCGAAGAAACAUACCCCGAAAUCAUGUCAAGCAUCGCUUUAGUCACCGGAGCGACCGGUCUUUUGGGCCGACAAGUACUUAACACCUUCAAGCAUUCGGGGUGUCUGGCUGUUGGCCAGGGUUACUCCAGAGCUAACCCACCGACCAUCCUCAAGGUUGAUCUCGGAAAGCCGGAGGAGAUCAAGGCUAUGCUGGAUGAUGCGAAGCCUCAGAUUGUCAUCCACUGCGCCGCGGACCGCUCGCCCGAUUCGUGCGAAAAGAACCCCGAGCUCGCCCGCCGCAUUAACGUCGACGCCACUCGUGUCCUCGCCGAAGAGACGUCGGCCCGGGGAGCUUUCCUGCUGUAUAUCUCGACGGACUACGUUUUCCCGGGAACCGAAGGAGAUGCACCCUACGAAGCUGAUGCGGAAACGAAGCCGCCGAAUCUUUACGGGCAGCUGAAGCGGGAUGGGGAGAUCGCCGUCCUGGAAGCGACCAAAGAGACGGGGCUGGGUGUCGUUCUGCGCGUGCCGGUGUUGUACGGCGCCGCCAAGGAUAACUCCGAGAGUGCGGUGAACACGCUGAUCGACACGAUCGAGAAGGCCCAGGAUGAAAACGCGGGCAUCAAGAUGGACGACUGGGCGCAGCGCUACCCCACCAACACGGAGGAUGUCGCCCGAAUCUGCCGCGAUAUCGUGAUCAAAUACCUCAAGGCCGUCAAGGAGAAACGGACGACCAAACAUCUGCCCAAGAUCCUCCAGUUCUCGUCCGAAGACCGAAUGACCAAGUACGAGAUCUGCGAGAAACUGGCCGAGGUGCUGGGUUUGUCGCUUGUCGGGAUGGUCCGAAACAAAGAAGGCAACGAUCCGAAUGCGUCCGUGCAACGGCCGUACGAUACCCACCUCUCGACCAAGGGGCUCAAAGACAUGGGGAUUGAUGUACGAACAGUGAAUUUCGUGACAUGGUGGGAAAAAACACUUGGGAGCGUACAAGAAAUAAAACGCAAAACUGGGUGAAUCGCCACAGCACCCAUGGAAGGGACAAUACUAGACAGGGCAACAGAAGUUGAUCAUCGAUGUUGCUAUCGAUACACAGUUUACACACCUACCAACGAAUUGAAUAAUGGGCCAGAAUAAUCAUUCCAUUUUCUCUCCCCCACGUCCUGGCUUAGCCACUUAUCAUAAGCUCCAACGGAAAGCAUAAAUUGACUUGGUGGCAUUGUCUGAGAGGUGGGUACUCAACCGGCGUGGCGCGUGGCUUGUGGCUUGUGUAUAUCGACUUGACCCCUUUUGGUUCUUUAUAUUAUUUUAUUAUCCCUUGUUAUAUGGCUAUAUCCUAUGAUAUUUUGUUCAUGGAAAAGACGGGUGGUUAUAGCCCCACUGGACGCUUCGAGGCUGGUGUAUUUAGUCAACCCUGGUAAUCAGACUAACGAAAUGAAUGGGAUGCAGGAAUGGAUCUCACCAAGACUUGGCGCUAA